AAAACCAUUCAAACCACGUGGUUCUUAGAUUUGCGCAGCCUCACAUUCCCGUAGCCUUAGCAAUGGCUGCAAUUCGGCCGACUCGCCGGAGCUCCGAUGAGAUUUCCGACUUUUCUGAAGGAGGGACGAGUUUUGCCGACUUGGUUUUUGGGUAUCUGGAGGAGGAUCAAACUUCAUCUGAAAAUUCGUUCAGUUCCAAUGGCUACAACGAUGCAGACGAAGAUGAAGAUGAAGAUCAUGAGAAUCCUUUCAAUGUUGAAGAAAACAAGGCCUUUUGGGAAGAACAAGACCGAAUUCUCCAGGGAACAUUAUAUAGAACCAGUUCAAUUGAGACAAAAAUCCGGCAAGCCACAAAGGAGGCGUUAAGAGAAUUUAGGAGUAUGGAUAAUCAAUGUGUGUGUCCAAGACCGGUGGCCGGAAGUUGCCGGAAUUGCUUGCAACGAGAAAUAUGCAACCGGCUUAUAAAUAUCGGCUAUAAUUGUGCCAUUUGCAAAUCUAAGUGGAGGGGCAAACCAGAUAUCCCAUCAGGGGAGCACACUUUCUUGGAAGUUUUGGACAAAUCGAACCCAAAGAAAGGAGAUGUGAGGGUGUUAAUUGAGUUAAAUUUUCGAGCAGAGUUCGAGAUGGCGAGAGCCAGCGAUGAAUACAACCGAUUGAUUAGCCGGUUGCCGGAAAUGUUUGUGGGGAAAUCGGAGAGAUUACGAAGCCUGAUUAAGAUUUUGUGCUGGGCGGCGAAAAAAUGCAUGAAGGAAAAGAAAAUGCACUUGGGGCCAUGGAGGAAGCACAAAUACAUGCAAGCUAAGUGGCUCGGUACAUGUGAGAGAAUGACACCGGAAAAAUUGCCGAUGGGAUUUUCCGACCGGCUGCCAAAGCCCAAGGCCUCCAUGCUAACCUUUGAUUUGGUCGAGACUUUGGCCGGAUUGCGUUUUAUUACUGCAGUUGAAGUUGUGUGAUUUGUGAGAAACAAAAAGUUUUGUACCACGGUUUUGGUUUUGCCCCUUUUGGAUUUGUAAUAUAGGCUUUUGUAAAAUUCCGAGAAAAAAAUAAAAUAAGUGAGCGUUCAUUGUGGUAGAGAAA